UGGAGGGAGCGAGGGCGCGCUCCCGGCGGCGGCGGCGGUGCCGCGCCUCCAUCCCCGCAGCCGGCAUGUUCUCCAGGAAGAGCCACGCCGAUGUCAGGAAAUCCACGCAGAAGGCGCUGGACCCCAAGCGGGACGUGCUGACCCGGCUGAAGCACCUCCGCGCUCUGCUGGAUAUUGUGGAUGGAAGUGACCUGAAGCAGUUUUUUGACAGCAACUAUUCUCAGAUUUAUUUCAUAUUCUAUGAAAACUUCAUAACACUGGAAAACAGCCUGAAACAAAAAGGGAAUAAAUCACAAAGGGAGGAGCUGGACUCCAUCCUCUUUCUUUUUGAAAAAAUAUUGCAGCUACUACCUGAGAGGAUUUUUUAUCGAUGGCAUUUUCGCAGUAUAGGGUCGAUUCUGAAGAAGCUUUUGCACACUGGAAAUUCUCUCAAGCUCAGGUGUGAAGGGAUCCGCCUGUUCCUGCUGUGGCUGCAGGCCCUGCAGACCAACUGUGGGGAGGAGCAGGUGCUGCUGUUUGCCUGCCUGGUGCCUGGCUUCCCCCCCCUGCCAUCCUCACGGGGGCCCUGCACGCUGGAGAGCCUGCUCAGCCCCCCUGCUGCUCCUGACGCCAAGAUUUUCCCAGAAGAAAUAACACCACUUUUGCCAGCUGUUUCUGGAGAGAAAAUUGCAGAGGACCAGACCUGCUAUUUUCUGCAGCUCCUGCUGAAAUAUAUGGUAAUUCAGGCUGCCAGCUUGGAGUGGAAGAACAAGGAGAACCAAGACACUGGCUUUAAGUUUCUUUUCACUUUGUUCAGAAAAUACUACCUUCCCCACUUGUUCCCAUCCUUUACCAAGCUGACCAACCUCUACAAACCCGUGCUGGACAUCCCAGAUGUCAGGCCAAGGCCAGUGUAUGUGACUGCAACACGGAACAAUGAGAGUGUCUACUGCACAAAAAUCCCCUACAUGGCAGCUCGGGUGGUUUUCAUCAAGUGGCUCGUCACCUUCUUCCUUGAAAAGAAGUAUUUGACUGCAGUUCAGAAUUCAAAAAAUGGAGGGGAAAUGCUCCCUAAGAUUAUUCAGACUGUCGCCGCGGGCCCCGAGAGGAGCGCGGAGCCGGAGGGCGGGGCGGCGCCGGCGGGCGAGCAGGAGCGGGGUCCCUGCAGCAGCAGCAGCAGCAGCAGCCUGUGGGACAGGAGGCUGAGCAGCUGCAGCCUGUGCAGCGUGGAGGAGCAGCACCGUGGUGUCUACGAGAUGGUGCAGGGCAUCCUCCUCUCCACCCGCGGAUACGUCAACUUCGUCAACGAGGUGUUCCGCCAGGCUUUCCUGCUGCCGCCUUCUGAUAUAUCAGCGACACGGAAGGUGGUGAAGGUGUACCAGAAGUGGAUCCUGCAGGAGAAGCCCGUGUUCAUGGAGGAGCCAGACAAGAAGGAGGACAGCCAGGAUGCUGUUGUUCCCUUGGAAGACUCCCCAGUGCAAACAGACGGUAAACAUCUCUGCUCCCAGCCCUGCGGGCACAAGCGCUCCUCCAGCUGGGGCCGGAGCUACUCGUUCACCAGCGCUGUCAGCAGGGGCUGCGUGCAGGAGGACGAGGACAGGGAUGUCAAGGCCGGCGCUCAGGCUGCGCUGCAGGUGUUCCUGACAAACUCAGCCAACGUGUUCCUGCUGGAGCCGUGCUCUGAGGUCCCUGUGCUGCUGAAGGAGCAGGUGGAUGCUUGCAAAGCCGUUCUCAGCAUCUUCAGGCGCAUGAUCAUGGAGCUGUCCAUGAACAGAAAGACCUGGGAGCAGAUGCUGCAGAUCCUGCUGAGAAUCACAGAGGCUGUGAUGCAGAAGCCAAAGGAGAGCCAGGCAAAGGACACAUUUGCUCAGAGCAUGGCGGGGCUGCUGUUCCGAACGCUGAUCGUGGCCUGGAUCAGAGCCAACCUGAGCGUGUACAUCUCCCGGGAGCUGUGGGACGAGCUGCUCAGCCUGCUCUCCUCCCUCACCCACUGGGAGGAGCUCAUCACCGAGUGGGCCAACAUCAUGGACUCGCUGACUGCAGUGCUGGCCAGGACUGUCUACGGGGUGGAGAUGACAAACCUGCCCCUGGACAAGCUCAGCGAGCAGAAGGAGAAGAAGCAGAGGGGCAAAGGUGGUGUUUUGGAGCCUCAGAAGACAGCUGUAGUGGGAAGAUCUUUUUCACUGAGCUGGAAAAGUCACCCUGAAGUCGUGGAGCCCAUGAGAUUCAGAAGUGCCACGACCUCUGGGGCCCCAGGAGUGGAGAAGGCGAGGAACAUUGUCCGUCAGAGAGCCACAGAAGUUGAAGAAUCCCAGCAGCUGGAAAGUGCAGAAGGAGCAGAAGCUGCAGGCCCAUUUGCAGACCAAGAGCAGCAGCUGACUCGAAGCAGCAGCACUUCAGAUAUUGCAGACCAGAUUCCCUCUGAUUUUUUUCAAGGUAAAAAGGCUGGAAAUUCAACUUCAGACUCCAAGUCAGUUCAGGAAAAUAAGGGAUAUGCAAAGGAGCACGAAGCUGAGCAAGUGCUGAUGAGGAGGAGCAGCAGCACAGCUGAGCUGGAUCUGAGAGGAGCAGACUUGCAGCAGUCACAUGGCUAUUACAGAGAGAGAGAGAAAAGUGAGAGCCUGAGCAGCGAUGCCUCCCUGGGCUGUGCAGCUGACGUGGACAUCGCCCUGGUGGCCUGGCAGGGGGCUGAGGACGAGCCCGAGGCCGGGCUGGCCGCGGGGCCGGGCGGGGACCCCGCAGCCCCGCCCUGGCUGCAGCUCAGCCCCUCGCAGGAGCCUGCCAACCUCACAGACAGCAGUGAGUUCCUGGCUGAUGACUGCAGCAUAAUUGCUGGUGGAAGCCUUAUUGGUUGGCAUCCUGAUUCUGCUGCUGUGCUGUGGAGGAGAAUCCUGGGAAUUCUUGGAGAUGUGAACAACAUACAGUCACCUAAGAUCCAUGCCAAAGUUUUUGGCUACCUUUAUGAGCUGUGGUAUAAACUUGCAAAGAUCCGGGACAACCUCGCCAUCAGCGUGGACAAUCAGUCAACUCCUUCUCCUCCCGUCCUGAUCCCUCCUCUCAGGAUAUUUGCAUCGUGGCUGUUCAAGGCAGCCACGCUGCCCAGCGAGUACAAGGAGGGGAAGCUGCAGGCGUUCCGGCUGCUCUGCGCCAUGAUGAGCCGGCGCCAGGACCUGCUGCCCAACUCCGACUUCCUGCUGCACUUCUACUUCGUGCUGCGCCUGGGGCUCACCAGCGAGGAUCAGGACAUCCUGAACACGGUGAUAAGGCACUGCCCUCCGUGGUUCUUCUUCCUGGGGCUGCCUGGCUUCACCAUGCUGAUCGGGGACUUCCUGGGGGCGGCGGCGCGCGUGCUGAGCGCCGACACGCCCGGGGCUCCCCGCUCCGAAGCUCACACCAUCCUUGGUGCCCUUGUGUGCUUUCCCAACACCUACCAAGGACUCCCAGGGCUGGGACCCAUCUCAGAGGCUGGUGAGAGCAUCACAGGAGCUGCAGAUGUGAAGUAUUGCCUCAUAAAUAUUUUAUUGAAGAAUGCUACAGAGGAGCCAAGUGAAGCUGCAAGAUGCAUAGCCAUCUGUGGCCUGGGCGUGUGGAUCUGCGAGGAGCUCACGCAGAGCACGAGCCACCCCCACGUGAAGAAAGCCAUCAAUGUCAUAGGUGUGACACUGAAGUUUUCCAACAAGCUGGUAGCUCAGGUAGCCUGUGAUGUCCUUCAGCUGCUGGUGUCUUACUGGCAGAAGCUUCAGGAGUACGAAUCGUCCCUGUGCCGGAAAAUUACUGAAAUCCUGGUGGCCACCAUUGCCUUUCUCCUGCCUGGUGCUGAGCACUCCUCCCUGGAGGCAGACAAGAAGUUCAUAGUUUCACUGCUGCUUUGCUUGCUGGACUGGUGCAUGGCACUGCCCAUGAAAAUGCUGCUGGAGCCCGUGUCUGCUGGUGCUAUGGAGGAUCAACAUGCAUCCAGAGCUCCUUUGCUGGAUUAUAUUUACAGGGUCCUGCACUGCUGUGUCAAUGGCUCCAGCACCUACACGCAGCAAAGCCACUACGUGCUGAGCCUGGCUGACCUCUCCUCUGCUGACUACGACCCCUUCCUGCCCCUGGGGAACGUCAGGAGCACCCCAGAGCCAGCCCAGUGCCCCUCCUCCACCGAUCUGGGCAACCUGCUCACCGUGGCUGAGGAGAAGAGGAGGAGGAAUCUGGAGCUGAUCCCUCUGACGGCACGGAUGGUCAUGACGCACCUGGUGAACCACCUGAGCCACUACCCGCUGAGCGGGGGCCCCGCCGUCCUGCACAGCCUGCUGAGCGAGAGCCACGACAACUCCUUCGUGGAGUCCUCCGAGCUGUGCCCCGAGGUGUUCCGCAGCCCCAGCCUGCAGCUCUUCGUCUUCAACGACAGCACCCUCAUCUCCUGCCUGCAGCUCCCCGCCGGGAGGGGCGCGGCCGCCCGCCCCGCCGUGCGCGUCAUCGUCAGGGACAUCUCCGGGAAGUACUCCUGGGACGGCCGCGUGCUCUACGGGCCCCUGGAGGGCUGCCUGCCCCAGCACAGUGCCAGUGCCUUCGGCUUCACCAUCCCCAGCCAGCCGCAGCACGGGCAGGGAUCUCAGGGGCAGGGCACCCAGGAGCAUGGCACGCAGGGGCAGGGCACAGAGGAGCACGGAUCUCAGGGGCAUGGCACACAAGGGCAGGGAUCUCAGGGGCAAGGAUUGCAGGAGCAUGGCACACAGGGGCAGGGAUAUCAGGGGCAAGGAUUGCAGGGGCAGGGCACCCAGGAGCAGGGCUCACAGGAGCAGGGAUCUCAGGAGCAUGGCACCCAGGGGCAGGGCUCACAGAGUCAAGGAUUUCAGGGGCACAGCACCCAGGGGCAGGGCUCACAGAGUCAAGGAUUUCAGGGGCACAGCACCCAGGGGCAGGGCUCACAGAGUCAAGGAUUUCAGGGGCACAGCACCCAGGGGCAGGGCUCACAGAGUCAAGGAUUGCAGGGGCACAGCACCCAGGGGCAAGGCUCACAGAGUCAAAGAUUGCAGGGGCACAGCACCCAAGGGCAGGGCUCACAGAGUCAAGGAUUGCAGGGGCACAGCACCCAGGAGCAGGGCUCUCAGGGGGAAGGAUUGCAGGGGCACAGCACCCAGGAGCAGGGCUCUCAGGGGGAAGGAUUGCAGGGGCAGGGCUCCCAGGAGCAGGGCUCCCAGGCAGAGGAGGGCGAGGACGCUCUGGACCAGCUGCUGGAGCGGCUGGGCAGCAGCAGCCCCGAGUGCCUGGCGCAGCCGCAGCGGCGGCUGAACGAGCCGGCGCCGCCGCCGCGCGCCAUGAGCGCCGAGCAGGAGCGCGCCGUGGCCGAGGCGCUGCUGCGCCAGAGCGCCCGCGAGGCCGACUUCGUGCGGAGCUGCAGCUGGGACUGCAGCAUGAGGCUGGCCCCCCAGCAGCCGCCCCCGCCCGCCCUGCCCCAGGCCUCCUUCUACUUCUGCCGCCUGCUGCUCGACGACUUGGGCAUGAACUCCUGGGACAGAAGAAAAAGCUUCCAUCUGCUGAAGAAAAAUUCAAAGCUGCUACGAGAGCUGAAAAAUCUGGAUUCCCGCCAAUGUCGUGAGACUCACAAGAUCGCCGUGUUCUACAUCGCCGAGGGACAGGAGGACAAGUGCUCCAUCCUGGCCAACGCCAGGGGCAGCCAGGCCUAUGAAGAUUUUGUGGCUGGGCUGGGCUGGGAGGUCGAUCUGUCCACGCACGGCGGCUUCAUGGGCGGGCUGCAGCGCAACGGCAGCACGGGGCUCACCGCGCCCUACUACGCCACCUCCACCGUGGAGAUCAUCUUCCACGUGUCCACCAGGAUGCCCUCCGACUCUGACGACUCCCUGACCAAAAAGCUCCGGCACUUGGGCAACGACGAGGUUCACAUCGUGUGGUCGGAGCACACGCGCAACUACCGCCGGGGCAUCAUCCCCACCGACUUCGGGGACGUGCUCAUCGUCAUCUACCCCAUGAGGAACCGCAUGUUCUUCAUCGAGAUCGUCAAGAAGCCCGAGGUGCCCUUCUUCGGUCCCCUCUUCGACGGCGCCAUCGUCACCGCCAAGCUGCUGCCCAGCCUCAUCUGUGCCACCUGCAUCAACGCCAGCAGAGCUGUCAAGUCCCUCAUCCCCCUCUACCAGAGCUUCUACGAGGAGAGAGCUCUGUACCUCGAGGCCAUCAUCCAGAACCACAAAGAAGUGAUGACGUUUGAGGAUUUUGCUGCUCAGGUCUUCUCUCCCUCUCCCAGCUACUCCCUGGGUGGAACUGAUUAGAGUGCGGUGCUCCCGGAACAGAAACGGCCGCAGCUGCCUCACCACAAGCGCUGCCUGGGCUGCCAGCCCUGCCGUGGCGCUGGAAGCCACCCUCGCCCUCGCUGCCACCUGCCCACCCGAGCCACGGCACCUGAAACAUGUCACCUGAACCAUGGCACCCAAGCUAUGGCACCUGAAACAUGUCACCUGAACCAUGGCACCCGAGCUAUGGCACCUGAGCCACGGCACCUGAAACAUGUCACCUGAACCAUGGCACCCGAGCUAUGGCACCUGAGCCAUGGCACCCGAGCUAUGGCACCUGAAACAUGUCACCUGACACAUGGCACCCGAGCUAUGGCACCUGAACCACAGCACCUGAAACACGUCACCUGAACCAUGGCACCCGAGCUAUGGCACCUGAAACAUGUCACCUGAACCAUGGCACCCGAGCUAUGGCACCCGAAACAUGUCACCUGAACCAUGGCACCCGAGCUAUGGCACCUGAAACAUGUCACCUGAAACAUGUCACCUGAACCAUGGCACCCGAAACAUGUCACCUGAACCAUGGGACCUGAGCUAUGGCACCUGAAACACGUCACCUGAGCCAUGGCACCUGAAACACGGCACCUGAGCCAUGGCACCCGAGCUAUGGCACCUGAAACAUGGCACCUGAAACACGUCACCUGAGCCAUGGCACCUGAAACACGGCACCUGAGCCACGGCACCUGAGCUAUGGCACCUGAAACAUGGCACCUGAAACACGUCACCUGAGCCAUGGCACCCGAAACAUGUCACCUGAACCAUGGCACCCGAGCUAUGGCACCUGAGCCAUGGCACCCGAGCUAUGGCACCUGAGCCAUGGCACCCGAGCUAUGGCACCUGAAACAUGUCACCUGAACCAUGGCACCCGAGCUAUGGCACCCGAAACAUGGGACCUGAACCAUAGCACCCGAGCUAUGGCACCUGAGCCAUGGCACCUGAACCACGGCACCUGAGCUAUGUGACCUGAACCAUGGCACCCAAGCUAUGUCACCUGAACCAUGGAACCUGAGCCAUGGCACUCGAAAUACGUCACCU